GUGAAAAAUCAACGUGCAAACAAGAGUUUACAGACCUACUGGGAGGGAAUAAUUUACGGAUGGAAAAUGAUGGAAGCAAAGCGGGCGCAUCUCAUUGGCAGUAUGAAAGUAUACAGCAAUGUUGCAGAAUAUAAUUCUGAACUAUUAUCUUUUGAAGACUAUUCCAAUAUAUUUCCUCUGCAAAGCGGACAUCGAAAGAAUAAAGCAAUCAACGAAGUGGGUGAGAUAAACUCGUCUCGAAAUGAUGCAUGCAUUCAAGAAACAAUCGAAGAUGCAGAGAACAAUCCGUUUUUAGUAUCAGAAUAUGACGAGGACGAGGUAUCAACCGAAGAUAUAAAAUUACCAACCCCUCAUAAACGAGAGAAUGAAGUUGAAGGAAACUCACGUAAAAAGGCAAAAAAAAAUGUGGAAAGUGCUCCAAAUCCGAAGAGCCUGAGACCAACAAAUGAUAGUGAAGAGUCUUUCUUUCCUGAUGUAAAACUUGAAGAUGACGAAGAAAUAAAGUUUGAUUUUACAGAUAUUGAAAAGGAGUUGCAACGGGAACCGACCAAUGAGUGGAUAGUUGGUUCCAUCAACGUAUCUCAAAGAUUUAGACAAUAUCAGAUAGAUGUAAUUGAGAAGGCGAAGACCAACAGAUUAAAGUGGAGUGAUUUUUAUGAAAUAUUGGCAUUGUCAUCGGUAAUUGUAUUCAGCUCAUCUUGCCCUUACCCUGCUUCGAUUUUCACAAGUCGGGAAUGGCAAAAUAUUACACGUGAGAAUCCAUACGUUGUAAAGGAUCCAGUACUACCAACAGAGGUUGUAUCCUCUUUACGGAAUGCAUCUGCUGAUUGUUUAGAAGGAAAGACCACUUUUUUGUCCGUAUAUGAUUCUGAAAUUAGUCAAGCCGUUUCUAGAAUUUUCAACGACAUGUGUAAUAGCGUUCCUGCCGUUUCCCCAACCAAAACAUCAGAGGAUGAACAUUGUUUCCAAUUGCUACAUCCAAUUAUCCGUCCGUUGUUUUUUACUUGUUUAAACAAAGAAUAUAAGAUUCGGUUGAAUCGUGCAACAAAGGAGAUUAAACCACCUGGAUUCACACCUCUCCAACAACAAAAAGAUAAGUUGAAGGUACAGUUGCAAGGGCGCAAGUCCAUCAAUCAGCUGUUAAAAAUGAAAGGCGGUCCAGAAGUGGUAGUAUUGUUAACAAAUCAAGGAGAUUUGGUAGAAUCACACAUUAUGGACCUCAAAUACGAUGGACUUUACAGGUCAUGGCCUUUUUUAACUACCCGACUGGUCAAAGAUAAAACUACCAUUCCUUUGCUGGAAUCAAACAUUCGGCACUUUGUGGCACUAGAGGAACGAAUCAGCAAAAUCGCUGAAGACUACAAUUGUCGAAUUUCUCAAAGUGGCACAACCACUCCUCCAUUACAAAUACAUUAUAUGCGAGACCUACCAAGCAGUCCACAAAUAAAAGAGAUGCUUAAGUAG